AUGCUCCGUAACUUUACGCUGGACGAUGCAAGCCCUUUGAUUCGUUACGAUGCCACCUGGGACGAUGGGUUUAACUCUAGCUUCGAUGACCAGUUUGCAAAGUACCAGGGACAGUCGUUUCAAUGCACGAAUAUUGAUGGUGCAACGGCAAACUUGACAUUUCGUGGCACGGCGAUAUACGUCUACGGCGCCAAGCGGUCCAACCAUGGCUACUACCGCGUCGCCAUAAAUGGCGAAGAGAACCCUGCCGUGUCGGGGCGCCCUCCAUCCGGCCAGCCCAACCAAUUUCAAACUCUGUUGUUCAGCAAAGAAGGAUUACCGGACGGGGAAAAUACUAUGGAGUUGACAAAUAUUCGGGAGGGAGAUGGGUUAGAUUAUGUGGAUAUUGAUUAUAUAGUGAUUACGAGAGAAGUUGAUGAGUCUAACGAUUCUCGGCGGACACUAGUUUCGCACGACCAGUUCACAUACACUUCCCUAUGGACUACACAACUCAACCUGCAAGGAUAUCGCAACUCAUCGGCACAUACAACAAAUACCCCGGGUGAGAAAGCGACCCUCCAGUUCAGUGGCCCUGAGAUACUCGUAUAUGGCGGUGUUGGUCGGGCGUUUGGGACGUUUCAAGUAGAAAUUGAUGGCCAGGACUGGGGUGUACUGAAUGCGACUAGGGCUGCUGCUGGACAUCCGCCUGUAACACUGUUUGCGACUAGUAGUCUCGGUAACGGAGAUCAUACGCUGUCGCUCACGAAUCUUGAGGGUGGAAAAUCUUUGACGAUAGGCUAUGCAGAAUAUACCCCUGGCAAGUCCGGAUCUGGUUCCAAUGGCGGCCUUAUAGGUGGUGUGGUGGGAGGGGUACUGGGUGCGCUUGUCGUGCUAAUAAUUCUGGGCUGGUACUUCAUCCGAAGACGAAGACGUGCUCGGCAUGCGCCAUCGGAGGAUCAACUUCCACCCAUGUCCUCAGUGACAUCGACACACCCGCAUUGGGAUAACGAAGUACAAAUCACACCAUACAUGGAGAACUCCGGCCAACCACCUGUCGGAUAUACUGAAGGCGGCACAAUAUAUCCCAGCACGCAUACACCCAGCAUAUCAACCGCGACAAGGAAAGGCGAAGUGUUGGCUACACCCUUGCCUGUGCUUCGAUCCGGUGAAUCAAGCUAUGCGUUGAGCUCACAAUUCGGGGCAUCUGUGCCCAUGAGCCCUGGUGACCGAACUUCAAUACAUGAGACUGACGCAGGGACCUUGCCUCCUAUGUACGAUCAGGUAUUCUUGACACGGCCGCCACCACUGCAACCAACCACCUCCAGUGCCUCAACAUAA